AUGCCUGCCAAGAUGUCGGACAACUACCCUUCUGAUGGCGAGGCCAUUGACUCCAGAGACUCUGGCUAUGUUAGUGGCAGUUCGAGUGAUGACUAUUCGCCUGAGAUCGUCUUCACCAAGCCACACCUGAAGUUCCUCAACAGACAAUUGCAAUUCCUUGAGCCUCAAGACGUCUUGAGAUGGUGUGUCACUUCAUUGCCUCACCUUUACCAGACCACGGCCUUUGGCUUGACUGGUCUGGUGACGAUCGAUAUGCUGUCCAAGCUGGCCGUGCCUCGGCCUCAGAUGGUUGACCUGAUCUUCCUCGAUACCCUUCACCACUUCCCCGAAACCUUGGCUCUCGUCGACCGCGUGCGUGAGAAGUACCCCUUGAACACCAUCCAUGUCUAUAAGCCCCAGGGCUGUGAGACCGAGGAGGACUUCGCCAAGAAGCACGGUCCCCGUCUCUGGGAGAAGGAAGACCAGUUCUACGACUGGGCUGCCAAGGUUGAGCCCGCCCAGCGUGCCUACCGUGAACUCAACGUCCACGCCGUCCUCACUGGCCGUCGCCGUAGUCAGGGUGGCAAGCGUGGUGACAUCGACAUCAUUGAGGUUGAUGAGGCUGGCUUGAUCAAGGUCAAUCCUCUCGCCAACUGGACCUUCGAUCAAGUCAAGCAGUACGUCAAGGAGAACAACGUUCCCUACAAUGAACUCCUCGACCGUGGCUACAAGAGUAUCGGCGACUACCACUCCACCCAACCCGUCAAGGAGAACGAGGAUGAGCGUUCCGGUCGCUGGAAGGGCCAGGCCAAGACCGAGUGCGGCAUCCACAACCCCCGGUCCAAGUACGCUCAGUACCUCAUGGAAAUGGAGCGUAAGCGCCAAGAGGAAGCCCUUUCGCAAGCCCUCCAGAGUUCUCUCACGACUACCGCUCAAUGA